AUGUCCCAGGUUCGCGAGCGAUCGCAUUCGCUUGAACUUUCCUCGGAUUCGCUGAAGCGAUUAAAAACGACACAUUCCUUGUUGACACCGACCGUGGACCACGAGUCCACAUUCUACACUGGUCUCUUUAGGCCAGAAAAUGUGCAGCAACUGUGUCAGACGUACGCUGGCAGUGAACCGUUCAAAUAUGCGAUUGUCGACAAGCUUUUCCAGGACGAUCUCCUCGUGAAUGUGAAGGACGAAUGUAUGAACGAACUGAGCUUUACCGAGAGGGAGACAGACAUAUACAAGGUCAAUCAAACUGGGGACCUUGCCUCUCUCUCGUACCUCUCUGAGGCUCAGCUUGCACUUUUUCCAAACCUUCUUUCUCUCCGCGAUGCGCUCUACUCUUCACAGUUCCGCAAGUUCAUCCAGGCUGUCACUGGGUGUGGACCACUCUCCGGAACGAAACAGGACAUGUCUGUCAACUCGUACACACAAGGGUGUCAUCUGCUAAACCACGACGAUGUCAUUGGAACCAGGCGCGUCUCGUACAUCCUCUAUAUGCCACUACCAUACGGUCAGGAGUGGAAAAAAGAAUGGGGAGGUGCUUUAGAGUUGUAUCCUGUUCAGAUCGGCGUUGACGGCAUCCCUGAACCUAAGGCUGCACCAUGCAAAGCUAUCCCUCCAAGCUGGAAUCAAUUCAUUUUCUUCGAAGUGCAACCAGGAAAAAGCUUCCAUUCUGUAGAAGAAGUGGUAGUCGGAGGAGACGGCGUGGCAAGACUUAGCAUAAGUGGCUGGUUUCAUGCAGCACAGGAGGGCGAGGAGGGGUAUCAAGCUAAUCAAGCAGCACCUGAGCUCAAAAGUUCACGAGAACAGUUGACAUCCAGCUCUACCGCCUUUAUUGAAUACUCCGACUCCUCAGAGCCAUUCCAUCCAGAUUUACCGUUCCGAACAGAAUAUAUCUCCUACCUCGCAAAGUUCCUAAACCCAGUUUACCUUCAAACACGCACGAUGAAGGCAUUGAUGACACAAUUUGUCGCGGAGUCAAGUAUUGAACUUCACCAUUUCCUGUCCGCAUCCCUCGUAUCAAAACUUGAACCCGACCUGCGUGGGGCAGAUCAAGCUGAUGGUCUUGAUGGUGAGACUCGUCAGGGGAGGAUACCACCGCACAGUGCUGGCGUAUCUGGGGCAUGGUCUGCGCGGGGACCACCACACAAAUGGCGUUACUGUACGCUACAAAAAACAACGGGGCCUCAACGUGAAUCAGACACAAUCCUUCGUCAGUUACAAGACGAAGUUUUCCCAAGCGAAGCGUUCCGCGCUUGGCUAAGCGCCUUGACAAAUUUGUUGCCGUUGAGCCACGCUGUAGAGGCGCGAAGGUUUAGACCGGGCUUGGACUACACUCUUGCAACGAGUGAGGGGGUCGAGUCGCGGUUGGACGUGGUAUUGGGAUUGACGCCACAAGCAGAAGUUGAAGAAAAUGAGACGCGAUCAACUGGCAAGUCGAAGGCGAACGAAGAGGACAAAAAGCCGCAUGGUUGGCAGGCUGGGGGGUGGGGAGGAUGGGAGUGUUACAUGGCACCUCAUGACGAGGAGGAUGAUCCAGCGGUCUACCGUUCCGGGUCAAAUAAAAAAUCCCAAGUUAACGACGCUUCUGGCUCACAAAAUCACGAUGAUGCAGCGGGAACAGGGGAGCAAGAGGACGACGACGACGAGAGCACUUUGCUAACUGUUCAGCCUAGCUUUAACAGACUCCUUCUCGUACUACGGGACGAGGGCGUUAUGCGCUUCGUGAAGUACGUUUCAGCUUCUGCUGCAGGCUCCCGAUGGGAUAUCUGCGGUGAAUUCAACGUCGGGAUGGUUCAGGAUGACGAAGAAGAUGAAGAUUCAUAA